AGGCAGCAGCAGUGGUGGCUCUCUGACCUUGGGGACAGGUGCCUGGACCCCCCUGGCAGGACCAGUUGAAGGUCAUUUUGGUGCUUCAUCAGAAAUUUGGGACCCUUUGAGUGCCUGGCAGUGACCAGCUCCCAGCAGCAUGGACAGCGAUGACACCAUCACUGAAGAGGUCUGCAGGGAGGACGACGUUGGGGAUGGACAGCUCCUGGAGGUGAUGGUGGCUGGCUACCCAGUGCUGCUGGUGAGGAACAGGAGGGAAUUCCGUGCUCUGGGCAGCAAAUGUCCCCACUACGGUGCCCCGCUGAGCAAAGGGGUCUUGAGAGGGGAGAGGCUGCGCUGCCCCUGGCACGGGGCCUGCUUUAACAUCAGGACUGGAGACAUUGAGGAAUACCCUGCUCUGGACUGUAUCUCCUGCUUUAAGGUAACAGUGGAAGAUGGAAAGGUGUUCAUUACAGCAAAAAAGAAGGACCUGGAAAGCAGCCUGAGGGUGAAGGACACAAGCAGGAGGUGCCUCCUCAACAGGAACACGAUGCUGCUGCUGGGGGGAGGUGUGGCUGCCCUGGUGUGUGCAGAGACUCUUCGCCAGGAGGGAUUCACUGGCAGGAUCAUCAUGGCCACCAAUGAGAAACACGUUCCCUACGACAAGUCCAAGCUGAGCAAGGACAUGAACUUGAAAGCUGAGGACGUCUACCUGAGGAAACCUGAAUUCCUCCAGGCUCGGGGCAUAGAGUUCUGGACAGAGAAAGAGGCAGUGUCGGUGGAUUUCCAGGAGCAGAAGGUUCAUUUCACGGAUGGGUCCUCUCAGAAGUACCACCAGCUGCUCAUUGCAACAGGCAGCCACCCUGGUUUCCUCAAAGUCCCAGGCGCAGACCUGCAGAACAUAUGCACGCUCCAAACCCCAGAAGAGUCCAGCAAGAUCUUGGAGCUGGCAACUGGGAAGAACCUGGUGAUUGUGGGAGCUUCAUUCAUAGGAAUGGAGGUGGCUGCCUUCCUCUCAGACAAGGCUGGAACCAUCUCAGUGGUGGAAAGAGAGGAGUUCCCUUUCCAGCACGCCCUGGGUCCUCAGGUUGGAGGCGUUGCCAUGAAGAUGCUGCAAAAUAAAGGGGUGAAGUUCCACAUGAAAACAGAGCUCUGUGAGCUGAGAGGAAAGGAUGGAAAGGUCACAGAGGCUGUUCUUGCCAACGGAGAGAAGCUCCCUGCAGAUGUGGUAGUGGUGGGAAUAGGGUCAGCCCCCAACUCAGCAUUCCUGAAGGGCACCUCCAUUGCCAGAGAUGACAAAGGUGCCAUCCUGGUGAAUCUGCACAUGCAAACCAACAUCCCCGACGUCUUCGCUGCGGGGGACGUGGUCACCUUCCCAGUAGCUCUGCUCGAUGGGGACAGGUCCAGCAUCCACCACCAACAAGUGGCUGAGGCCCACGGUCACUGUGCUGCUUUGAACAUGCUGAGGAGAGGGAAGGAGCUGCACACUGUUCCUUACUUCUGGACCACGUUGCUUGGGAAAAGCAUCCGCUAUGCAGGCUGUGGGAAGGGAUACACGGACACUGUUGUGAAGGGCAGCCUGGAGCAACAGAAAUUCCUGAUCUUUUACAUCAGGGAUGGCCAUGUGACUGCAGCUGCCAGCCUGAACUGUGACCCCAUGGUGUCUCUGAUUGCAGAAGUUUUGUACUUGGGGAAACAAAUCUCCAAAGAAGAAGCAGAGGCCUGUGACAUUGGCAACGUCCCCUCGCUGGCACAAAGCUAAGUUUGGUGUGUGCCCCCUGUGAGGGGCUCACAGCCAAGUGUCAACAGCUCCACAUCCUCCCACCCUGUAGCAAUAAAACCAUCAGCAAAGCUG